AUGGUCAAAGCAAUUUUCAAGGAUCUCGUCAUCGCAGCUGCCGGUCCCAACGAGCACAAGAUCGAGGACCUCAAGAGCUGGGCCGCGCUGCGCAAGGGUCGCUUCACAGAGAAGAUGGACGGCGACGUCACGCACCUUCUCUGCACGGAUGAGCAGUUCAAAAACAGGAAGAAGAAUGAGAGAAUCAAAGAGGCUCAUAAAAGGGGCAAGAAGGCCGUCCACGUCGUUCACAUCGACUGGUUCACGUUCAGCUGCACCGACAACAGAAAGCUGCCAUUCAAGGACUACAACUUCAAAGCCACCAUGGAGAAAGAGCAGGAGAAGCUCAAGCAGCAGCAGGAGGAAGAGCGCAGGAUCCGCGCGCAGAUGCUUCAGGCUUAUUGGAUCGACCCUGAUCUCUACCAUGUCUACACAGACAAGAAGCACUUCCGUCACGAGGUCCAGCUCUUCAGAACCUUGAGGAACGAAGAUGGUGCCCUUCACGAGAAGUAUGAGCUCUACCUCUUUGAGUCCCACGCCAUGCCCCGCCUCUACUGGUUCGGCGUCAAGCUCUACCAGAAGAAAGACGACGGCAUCUGGCGAUCCCGGGGCGUCGACCGCUCCAGCCCGACCCCGGACGUCUUCAUACCGCAGUUCGACAAGUUCAAGGCCUUCUUCCGGCUCAAGACCGGAUACGGCUGGCGCGAACGGGUCCUCAAGGCCGGGACCGGAGGGGAGACGGACUUCAGCUACACACCUCCCACCCGCGGAAAGCCCGUCGGCACCAACUUGACCGUGUUCUAUACCUACGACGAGUCCGUCCGCUUCAACGUCGAGCUCCGCCUCGCCUGGGCCGAACUCUUCGACGACGAGCUGCCCGCCGAUUUCAAGGCCGAGGUCGCGAUGAAGGGAAUUCUGGAGGAGGACGCCGUCAACCGGGCUGGUGCCUCCGCCGGUGCCACUGGUGGCGGCCCGGACGGAAUGUGUAUGGACGUCGUCCAGGACGAGUCCUCCUUCGCGAUGCUCAUCCCCGACGGCACGGUUCAGCAGGAGGAUUGCGAGAUGAUGGACUCGGACGGCGGCGGACAGGGAGAGUUGGGCUCGCACUCCGCUGAUGAGUCACAGCAGACCGUCUCGGAGGAUGAUGAGAUGGAGGGCGGCGAAAUGGAGAUUUAG